AUGGACCACACACGGGGCCGGCGACCAGCCCUUGAGGGCACGAGCCAGCCCGGGGUUCAGGAGGUCAGGGGUGAGGCGGCGCCCGGCCCGGUGAGGGUCGAGGGCCUGGGGUUCGCGGAAGAGGACGCCCGGCCUGGUGGGGGUCACGGGCCCGGAGUUCAGGAGGUCAGGGGUGAGGCGAAGCCCCGCCGCGGGGUGCUGCGCGGACUCGAGGUCCCGGCUGAGGCGGACGGUCCGGCCGCGGGGGGACCCGCCCAACUCAGGGCAGCUUCAAAACGGGCGCGCCGGGACGAGCGCCCAAAGAAGGUCGCCUCAGCCGUGCGUCAGCACGACGCGUGGCGUCAUCACACGGCGCCGCCCGUCCACGCCCCGAGGCAGUGCGGGGCGCCUUGGUGGGCCGGACGCUGCGCGGGACGUGUGGGCGCACCGGAGGGCGCUCAGGAGCUGGACUGUGGACGGGGGCGAGGGGUGACGGGCACCGGACUCGAGGCCUUUUACUUCUUAGGCUUUUGGUGGGUGUGGCCCCGCGCCAGCGAGACGCCCUGGCUUCUCCCAACCGCCCGCAGAACUGCGCGCAUGCGCGAGAAUCCCAUGGACACAGGAGCCUGGCGGGCUACAGUCCGUGGAGUCGCAGAGUCAGACACGACUGAGUGAGCAGGCACUCCAGAGGACAGGAAGAGGACAGGCCUGCUGGCAGCGGCCCUCAGCCGGCGCACGGCUCCUUCCGUCGCUGCUCACCUGGGUCGCACGUCGAACGGGACCCCAGACAGAUGCCCGUCUGUCCUGCUUCCCCCCACCCUCACUGCCACCUGUUUGGCAACAAAAAAGUCUGUCAGUAAAUGCUCUUGUUAAGGUUU